CCUCAGCCACAACCUCAGCCUCAGCAGCACCAUCACCAGCAGCAGCAGCAACACCAUCACCAGCCGCAGCAGCAGCAGCAGCACCACCACCAUCUCCAAGGGCUGCCGCAGCCCCUGAUGCCCAUGAACCAGCCACAGUUCAGGCCUCACAUGCCGGCCACGCAGCAGCAGCCAAACAACAACAGGAUGCAGUGUCAGCCGCGGCAGGGUCCGAUGAAGCCAAGGCAUAAUACACCAUCACAAAAUCUUGUCAAGCGUCCAAACCAGCAGCUACAGUCAAGCGCUCCGAGAAACAGCAACCUGCGCGAGUUGCCGAUAGCCCCGUCCCACGCCAUGGAGAUGAGCAGCAACAGGCGAGCGUCCACCCCGGCUGCUCAGGUCAAACCCAUCACCAGCACCAUGUCCGCCACCAAGCCUGUAGCUGGUGCUGGGAACUCACAGGGCAGGCCUGAGAUGAAAGCUAAAGCAAUCCCACCAGUGGGCCAAGCCAAAUCAGAAGCAAAAUCUGAACCAGAGUAUCCAGACGAAGAUGAAGAAACUAGAUUGUAUCGUCUGAAGAUAGAGGAGCAGAAGCGCCUAAGAGAAGAAAUCCUGAAACAGAAGGAGCUCAGACGGCAGCAGCAGGCUGGUGCGAGGAAGAGGGAGCUGCUGGAACGGCUGGCGCAGCAGCAGCAGCAGCAGCCUCCCACGCAGCAGUCCUACAUGCAGCAGGAGGACGACUCCUCCAAGUUCCCCACCAAUGGCAGCCCUUACAUACCCCACUCCGGCUUGCACACCAGGCAAAAUGUGAAAAACAGACUCCUG